AUGUCAAAUAAUUUCAAUGAGGUAGAAAAAAGUAACUCAUUUUAUGAAAGACCGACUGUAGUAGGUUCUACAAAAAGUAAGAGUAUGCAUGUAAGUUCCGCCUCUAAGAAAACUAGAAAAACUGAAAUACUAGCAAUCCAGGAAGAGAUAGACAAAUUUCUAGAUAGCAUUUUUUUAAAACAAAAGGACGUAGAAGCCAAAGAAGAUGAGAUAAAGCAAAAGAAAAAGCUUUUAAACUUGCUAGAAUCUAAAUUAGAAAAUAAAAAGACCUUCUUUAGUAAAUAUGAAAAAUAUUUUAAUAUAAAUUCAGACUCAAAUGAAUCAGAAGAUUCUAGAAAUGAUUUGAGAAGUUUGUGUAUUGAAAAAUCAACAACUUUGGGAAAUACGGAAGAAUGGGUAUCAAAAAAUCAUCAAUAUCUUGAGUAUUCUCUUGUUUCUCACAAUAAUGAUGUAGAAAACUUAACUAAGUCAAUCAAUUCAAUGUUCGCUCGCCAAACUGUAGGGAAACAAUUAAUUAAUUUUAAUGGAUCUUCACAUCUAAAAUGGCCUAUUUACUAUUCACAAUUUCUGCUAUCAGACAAAGCCUGCUUGUUUUCCCCAGGAGAAAAUGUACUAAGACUAAAUGAUAGUCUUAGUGGUGAAGCCAGGAGAUCAGUAGAAAUGCUUCUUAUAACUGAUCGAAACCCCGACAAAAUAUUAAUCAUUUUAAAACGAAAGAACGGAAGACCCGAAGCAGUUAUACUAUCCAAAGCACACCAAAUCUCUUCUGUAGAAAGUGUGGAAUCGUUUAUUAAUUUUAAUAGUACUGUACAAAAUCUGGCAGCUGCAAUUAAUGAAGAUUUGGAUAACUUUGUCGAUGAGACAUUUAUUAGCAAUUUUAAUUAA